CCGUUUCCUCUAAUCUCUCACUCUGCAACUCCUCUUAAUCAAUGGAGUCACCAAACGCUUCCUCGGGCCCACCGCCAAGCCCUAUAACUCGACUCUCCACCUUCAUCCACCACCAUUGCCACCGCCUCACCGCCGACGUCGUCUCCCGCAUCGACGACUCGCGGCGUCUCCUCUCCGCCAAUUUUCCGGCGCCGAUGCAAAUGACGUCAGCACCUCAUGAUUUACCUUUCGCGUCAGUGAGUCAGGGAAAACAAGCAGCUCAGAGCGUCGACGGCGUGGCGAAGAGGCUCGUCGGAACGGCGGUGUAUACGGUUAGCAAUUCGAGUAAUGAGUUUGUGUUGAUGUCUGAUCCUGAUGGAGUGAAGUCUAUUGGCUUGCUUUGUUUUCGAAAAGAAGACGCCGAAGCAUUUCUAUCUCAGGUUCGGCUGAGGAAGGGAGGAGGAGGAAUGAAAGGUCAUGCUAAAGUUGUUCCGAUAACUCUUGACCAGGUCUACAUGUUGAAAGUUGAAGGAAUUGCAUUUCGAUUCAUGCCGGAUCCUGUUCAAAUUAAAAAUGCUCUAGAGCUGAAAGCUUCCGAUGUCAGGAGUGGGUUUGACGGUGUUCCUGUUUUCCAGUCAGAUCUCUUGGUCGUGAAGAAGAAAAAUAAGCGCUACUGUCCUAUAUAUUUCCGGAAGGAGGAUAUUGAACAAGAAUUGUCAACAGUGUCAAGGUCAUCAAGAGGACCUGGGGUUUCUCAACAGAUUAUGGUGGGGAGUCUGGAAGAUGUUUUGAAAAAGAUGGAGAUAAAUGAAAAGAGUUCUGGAUGGGAGGAUCUGAUUUUCAUUCCGCCUGGUAAAAGCCGUUCCCAGCACAUCCAGGAAGUUGCAAAAGCGUGAUAAAGUUGCCUACAGACAAUGACAUGGCAAAAAUAUUCAGGCAAUUGCUACAGCUGGGUUUCUUGAAAUUAAAAUGAUUAUGUGUCAAUUGGAUUUAGCAAAGAGGCAGUUAUUGCAAUUGCUAUAGCUGGGCACGAGAAGGUAGUCAUGAGGUACUGCAUUGUUAUUGGUUAAUAUUUGAGUUAGAAAUAGUCGUAGAACAUGAUAUUAACUUGAUCCAUCCAUUGGCGAUUUUCUUUAGCCUUGGUCUUACCCUGGAUUUGUAUGUAUUUAUGUAUGUCACCAUAGUGCUGAAAGCAAGAUACAGGCAAGUUUAAACCUCUGGCCUAUGGGCUUUGUUUGAUGGGAUUAGUGGCUUGGUCUA